AUGUCAUUGCCACCAAAUCCAAACCCAGACUACUUAACUGCAGUUGAGUUGGAGAAUAUGCAGUUAAGAAGCCAUCUUGCUAAGGCAAAUAGGCAAAUUAAGGAUUUUUUGGCUCAGUUACCCCUUCUUGCAACCGACGUUAAUGUCGAAAAGAGGCAAAUAUCAUCUUGUUUCGAACUCACUGCUAGAGAGGCCAAGUAUGUGUGUGAGCUUGAAGAAAACCUUGAAGCUCUUAAGAAAGCUUUAGAUCACUUAAAAAAUAAGAACAAUGACGUGCUGAGGAGAGUAAUUGUGGCUGAGGAAGAGCCACACAUGAAACGCUUGGAUGAGGCCCAAAGAUGGAUUUCAUUGGUUGAAGCCAUGGAAACUAAAGUUGAUGAACUGAUGCUAACAAGCUCUGAAGAAAUUAAUAGACUUUGCCUUUGUGGUUGCUGCUCAAAGAACUACAGAUCCAGCUACAAGUUUGGGAAAAUAGUGCAUGGAAUGCUUGCUCAAGUGAUUGAUUUGCAGAGCAAACGGGCCUUUGAGUUGGUGGCUGAAAGAGAACCAGUAGCUCUGGUGGUUGAAUUGCCAGCCGAGCCAAGUGUGGGCUCGAAAUUACAACUUGAAGAGGUUUGGAGGGACAUCAAUGAUGAAAAUGUUAGUAUUAUGGGGUUGUAUAGAAUGGGAGGGGUGGGCGAAACCACUCUUUUGAAAAGUAUCAACUCAAAAAAAAACUAUAAUGUUAUAUGGGUAGUUAUGUCUAAAGAUCAUACUAUUGAGAAGGUACAAAAUGACAUUGGAGACAAAAUUGGGUGCUCUGGUGUCACGUGGAAGAACAAAACAUGUCAACAAAAAUAUGAAGACAUUUUAAAAAUGCUGAGCAAAAAGAAAUUUGUUUUGGUUUUGGAUGACAUAUGGAAGAGAAUUAAUCUUGUUAAAUUUGGGAUCCCUUUGCCUAGCAGACAAAAUGGUUCCAACUCCAAGCUUGUAUUCACAACUUGUUCCAAGGGUGUUUGUUGUCGUAUGACCCCUGAAAAACAAGUUGAAGUGAAGUGCUUGUCAUGGGAAAAAUCAUUGAAGUUAUUUGAAGAAAAGGUUGGCAAAGAAGCUCUUAAUGUCCAUCCAUAA